AUGGCACUGGCGGUGGAGAACAGCACACAUGACCCACCAAACGGCACCGGCGGCGCACCGGCGGAGGAGAACAGCACCGGCGGCGCACCAGCAGAGGAGAACAGCACCGGCGGCACACUGGUGGAGGAGAACGGCAAUGGCGGUGCACCGGCGGAGGAGAACAGCACCGGCGGCGCACUGGUGGAGGAGAACGGCACCGGCGGCGCACCAGCGGAGAACGGCACCGGCGGCGCACUGGCGGAGGAGAACAGCACUGGCGCCACACUGGCAGAGGAGAACGGCACCGGCGGCGUACCGGCAGAGGAGAAUGGCACCAGCGGCGCACUGGCAGAGGAGAACAGCACCAGCGGCGUACUGGCAGAGGAGAAUGGCACCAGCGGCGCACCAGUGGAGGAGAAUGGCACUGGUGGCACACUGGCGGAGGAGAACAGCACCGGCGGCACACUGGCGGAGGAGAACAGCACCGGCAGCGCACCGGCAGAGGAGAACAGCACCGGCGGCGCACCGGCGGAGGAGAACAGCACCAGCAGCGCACCAGCAGAGGACAGUCCACAGGCUGGCCUGGUCUGGGGGCUUGUUAUGUGCACGGGCGAAGACUGGUAG